AUGGGAUCUAAUGUGGUACUGUCAACGCUAUGGAUAUGGCUGGUGCCUAUGGUGUGGGCUGGAGUGGUGCGAAGAGAAGUUGCAUUUGACACGGAGUUCUCAUCCUGUACAACAUACACGCUGGGCGGACUUCGCAUUUUAGACUGCAGGAACCGCGGUCUUAACGAGUUGCCUGAUAACUUAGAAAAUGAUGCCCAAGUGCUACUCCUAUCGAAUAACAACUUCAGGAUUUUUCCGAUGCAGCUAAGUAGUUUUUCUCAAGUGCAGACUCUCGAUCUAUCAAGCAACUACCUAAGCCUUCCUUUACCGGACUAUUUAGAACAGUGGGAACACCUAAGAACCGUUAAUUUAUCUAAUAACCUAUACGAAUCGUGGAUCAGUAAUGACUUCACCUCUACUGUAAAGAAUCUAGAUUUGUCUAGAAAUAAAAUAAACGUAAUAGAUGACCAAGCAUUUACGACAAUGCCAAACUUACGGUUUUUAGAUUUAAGUGAAAAUAGAAUAAAUGAUUUGAAGCCCGAAACUUUCUCCGAAACACAUCACCUAGAGACUCUCGUUUUAGAUAGGAAUUACAUUUCAACUGUGCCUAAUUUCCAAUCAUCUUCCCUGCGGAUUUUACACUUAAGUAACUGUCAAAUCGCAAAUCUUAAUGCUAAUUCUUUAGUUGGAAUGAGUUCACUUUUGGAAAUUAACUUGUCUAUGAACCAGAUAGAAGAAAUUCCGGAUAAUUUAGCAUCACAAACACUACAAGAGUUAAAUCUAAGCUAUAAUUCCAUAUAUUCACUAACAGACCUAACCUUUUCGUCAUUACCGCAUCUGGCUGUACUUGACUUGAGAGGAAACGAGUUUCGAGAAGUAUGGUCGACUUCACGCUUCGCUUCAAAUCCUUUUUUGAGGGAAGUCUAUGUGAAAGGAAACCGAUGGAAUUGUGAAGGCUUUAACGUAAGUCUAUUACUUACUUAUGAGUAUUUGACCAAAGAUCCAGCAAAGGUAGCAGAUAGGGCGUCACUAAUAUGCUACUCCCCUUCCAACGUGACCCAGAUGAGUUGGCAGCAGGCGUACAUACAGACGUGGCAUGCGUCAGAAUCAUCAUUUACUUCUUACACAACUAUUGCGGUCAUAGCUGGUAUUGUAAUCGGGGUACUCGUGACUUCAUGCGUAUGUCGUUGUCUUAUGAACAAUUCUAGUGAGUCCCAAAGGCCACCUACCAGAUCGACAGUACUGAGUGUUAACAGUCCAACUCCCCAACCAAGAGUUGAGACUGUUGUUUUGAGAAUACCUCUAACCGAGGACCUCCCUCCUUCGUACGAUGAAGCGUUACUGAUGCCUCGUUUAAACUCGUCGUUUCAUUCAUUACCAGAUUUUGUGGAAGAAGAACAUGAACCAUCUCGAAGAAGCAACUAUCGCAGAUCUAGAUCUAUAGGAGACCUAACAGAAUUCAGACCACGCUUGGGUGAUAGACGUUCAAUUAGACGCCCAGUCGAUGUACACGAAAAUAAUAUAAAAUACAUUGGAAGUACAAGUUGGAAGAUAAAUAUAACAGUGAGCCGGCAUUGGACCACUUCACAGGCCGUAAUGCGAGCGAGACGUGAUGAUAAAACAAACAUCAACUGCUCAGGAAGAGGUCUUAGUGAACUGCCAAAUGGAUCCAGCAGCCAGGUGCGGAACUUGAACAUUUCAAAUAAUGAUUUCUCGGUUUUCCCUGAAAAGUUGUCUACAUUUGCAAAUUUGGUCACUUUAGACAUAAGUGCGAAUCGAUUAAGUGAAUUGCCGGGAAACGCACUCCAAAAUCUUACAGCACUGGAAUUACUGAAUUUGUCAAAAAAUAAUUUUGAAUCAUGGCUCAGUUUAAAUCCUAAUAAUGCUUUCAAAUUAGCAACGAAUUUAAAAAUACUGGAUUUGUCUCAUAACAGAUUUAGAACUAUGGGAAAUUUAGCCAAUCAGGAAUUACUUACGAGUGGAUCAAUUGAAACAUUGAUACUGGAACAUUGUGAAAUUAUUUCAAUACAUGGCAGAUCACCCUUAGCAGGUCUUACAAACAUUAAAGAACUGAAAUUAAACUUUAAUCCUCUUUUAAGAAUUAAAAGCCUUAUGUCAGCUACACUGAGAAGUCUCGAGGUUAGCAACUGCGCUCUUAGUACGAUCAAUCACAACGAAUUUAUGUUUUUACCAUCGUUAAUACGUUUGAUAAUGUCUCAUAACUAUCGACUGGAGUUAUCUUCUUCUGCUUAUCAUUUAUUUUCAGACUCAUUAAAGUAUUUAGACAUAUCAUUCUGCAAUAUUAUGCAACCUAACUUACAAGGUUUUCCUAAUCUCCGAAAGGCUAUACUCAAUCAUAACAUGAUCAGGUUUCUGAGAAGUAAUGAAUUUUUAAACAAUACUAGAUUGGAAUAUUUAGAUAUUUCAUACAACAACAUAGGAUCUCUCAGAAGUGACACAUUCCGAGGAUUGAGUUUGAUCAAACAUUUAGAUUUAUCGUGGAAUGAACUUGCCAAUAUACCUGAAGACACACUACUAGAAAUGCCGUCACUAACUCAGUUGAAACUUGCCCGUAAUUUUCUAACUAGUGUUGGUCAUUUGAGAUCAUUGUCGUUGACUGUCCUAGACUUGAGUUUCUGUGAAAUAAGCAAUAUUGGAAAAGGUUCGCUAGAAGGUCUACAGAGCCUUAUUGAUUUAGAUUUAUCGAGAAACCUUCUGUCACAUAUUCCAGAUAGUUUAUCUUCGAACACCUUAAAAUACUUGAACUUAAACUACAAUAGAAUAAGUUUUAUAAAUAACUACACAUUUUUCAUGUUACCACGAUUAGUUGGUUUAAGUGUGAUUGGAAACAGGUUUACUACUAUAUGGAAAAGGUCAUUUUUCGAAUCGAACCGUUACCUGGAGCGGCUUGAUUUAGCAGAUAAUAUGUGGAGAUGUGACUGUGCAGACCCGAACAUGGUUGACUUUUUUGAGUUUGUAACUUUGGAACCUAACAAGAAGGAGGAAUCUUAUAACCUUGUUUGCAAUAGCCCCAUGAAUUUAUUUGGGCAAUCAUGGCUACAGGCCUGUUAUUUUGUCUGGAACCCUACUGAAAAAGCAGCCAAUCCUGAUGGCCUGAUACUGUUUAUAAUUAUCAUGAUCGCAGGAUUAGCUAUAUGUCUAUUAUUAGUAAGCUGUGUAAAGAGAUCCAUGAAACGUCGUUUACUAGCGAUCCAGGCUGAAAGAGAAAGACAAGUUGAAGAAGCACGAGACAGGCUUAGACAAUUGAGGAUUCAAGCAGAACAAGAAGCCUUAAUUAGUACACCUGAUCCACGUGAUCUUAUCCCACCGCCCUCUUACGAUGAUGCUCUCUCAAUGCCCAAGCUGUCUUCAUCCAGUCGUUCUUUAAAUGAAUCUGGCACGGGUAAAACAAAGAGAAGGAGGGGUCGUAGGAAAACUAAGUCAAGUGGAGAUUUAUUGGAGGAAACAGAAAGAAAUGGAGACUUACCCGUUUUAGACGAUGUAGAACUUGCCGAAACUUCUGAUGGGAAUCGUCAAAGGCGACGUAGAGAACUGAAUAGAUACGGUAGCCAUGAGGUAGCAGAGUUAGAGCAAUCUCCUGGUGCACGACGUAGGCAAUUAUCUGGAUAUAACGCAAAUUAUUCACCACAAAUGAAUGGCAGCGUAACUGUACAAGUUGAAGCACAACUUGAGAGACCUGUACGUAAUAAUACACGAAGGCAUUCUAUCGAUGACAAUGAACUUAGAGAGAGUGACCUUUAA